UAAACGUUCCGUUUUUCAACUUCUUGCAAGAGUCGUUUUCUUUUACUUAAUCAGUUGGCUUUUGAUUUGAAAAGCUGGGCCUUAUUUUCCAUUCAUUUCUCAAGUGUUAUUAUAUCAUAUGACUUGAUCCUGCAGGAGAGUCCUUUGCAGGAGAGUGCAGGAGAAAUUGAUUCUUCCUGGAAUUAGCGUCUCAUAAUCAGACCCUUUCAAUUCUGAGUCACUGUUCACUACUAACAAUGUCACAUUCUCCGAAUUCCUAUCAUGCACAUUAAUAGAUCUACUAGUAAAAACAUUAUCGCUCAGUGAUUCAGUGAUAAUUCGAUGUAUUACUGAUACACUGUUUGAACGAUUUUAAAAUUUGAUUACUACAAUGGUUGAUCAAGUGGCAUAGUCAUUUGUGGUAAAAUCAUAUUGUUGGGUGGAUAGCAUUCCAUACAACUAACGUAUACAGAAUAGUCGAAUAUUGGUACUGGUCAGUACCAACAGUUCAGUGGUCAACGGUACCAACGAAGGUCUGAAUUCGUUGACAGUACUACUUAAUGUCUGAUUCUUCAUGGUAUUUACUUUUUGUAGUCUACCGAUUAAAUUUAAAUUCAUCUAAUGUAGGCAGGACUUGUCAUGUUGGGCCAAGAGCUGGAAGAAUGUUUCAAAGAUUACAAACUCCAAGAUGCUGUAGAUGCAUUAAAAUCGAAGCUCCGUAUUCGAGACAAACAUGAAGAAAUUGAUUUGAAUUUUUCAUCACGAAUUGGGUCUGCUAAUUCUGGCAUUUACACAGGGGUCAAGUCGUGUUUAGAGAUGCGCAAGCAAACACCGUUUCAAUCGUUGAUUGGGGAAUUAAAAGAAACAGCUAUGAGUAGCUAUUGGAAAAAGGAAGUUGGAAAAAUUUCUGAUCAAACGCCAAACUUACCGGAUGGCAUGGAUCCAAUACAAACAGUUUUUGGCAAAUCCAACAAGUCCAAUGAAACAGCAGCCGAGCUAGUGAACCCACAGAAAACUGCAGCCGAAAUUUUGAAGGAGUCUCGUGUUGGUCACAGACUGUAUAGAAAAAGCCACAACGCUUAUUAUCCUUCGGAACAAGUCAAUCGAGAGUAUGUUGAGCCAUUCAGAAAAAAUUCUACCUAUGGAAAAAGAACUAAAGCAGACAAACUAGGCAGUCGAAUGAAGCAAUCAAUGAGAUGGUUCAACCAAGAUGUAGCUUCAACCGUUAGCAUGCUCCAAGCCAACUUCUUAGAAAAUACUCUAUCUGGUCUUGGGCGAGCAGUUUGCUUAUUCUUUGAAGUUUCCAAUUAUAAAUUGUAUCGGAAAAUAGCUGGCUCUAAUCCAUUAACUGAUCCCGAGAAAACAGGACAAAAUAUUUCAUUUAUUGUGAGUAGAUUCAGGUGUUCUGCAAUAUUUUCAUGCAGGGUCCGAACUGAUACAGCCCCGUUGUUGGAGGGACGUACGUUUGGCAAAGUUAGUGAGCUUGAAUCAGAUGGUGUCAGCGAAUUGUUAAGAAACUUUUCACCUAAUUCCGACAAGUUGGAACAAAAAUGUUGUUUAGAGCACAUCAAUAUGCUAAGGCUUCGUUUAAAAAAACGUGCAUUUUCAUUCGCGGAAUUGUAUCAAACUUUUGUACUCUACGAUAAAAAUGAAACCCAAAUCAUGACAAUGGAAGGAAUAUAUUCGGUUUUAAGAACCUUCCGAAUUCACCCGGACAGGAGAAUGUUUGAAACUUUGUUGAACAGUUUGAAUUUGAUUAGAGAUGGUAAAGUCCGUUAUAAGGAUAUCGCCGAUAUUUUGAGCUGGAAAUGUGACUUUCCACUGUUGCCUAAAAUCAAUGAUAUUUCCCAAGAGCACCAAAAUUAUUCCUCUACCUAUGAAGACACCUUCAGCGAUGCGUACAUACAAAAGGAUAAAUUUUGUCGCGCUGCAGGACUCAGUGCAGAGAGAGUAGAUGUGCAAUACGCUGUUGUUCCAUUUGGAGGAGCUCAUUUUGAGAGAGAACAUCUCGGUGAUCAAACAUCUGUGUUGACCCUCAUUUCGCCAAACAUUUUCACUAAAAAAGGUCUAAGUCACCUUGACUUCUUCAGGGUCUGCAACGGACAAGAAAUGCGAUCGCUCUUUGAAAAUAGAGGAGUGAACUUUCCUGGUGAUAGUUUCAAUGUGAUAUGGAACGAGGGUCUCAAGAAAGAUGGAACAGGGGGUGUCUGCAUAGAGACGUUCAGAGGUCUUCUAGACCAACUUGCUGCUGCUACAUACGAAGAGAUUCCCGUUAUGUGAUAAUAGAUUGAAAUAUGAGCAACCGACAUUCUUCGUCUAUUUAUUUCGUAACUUUAUUUUGGAAAAAAUUAUCGAGUACUUACGUUCGGAUACGAAGUGCGACAAGCAUAUUAGUAAUUACAGACCAGAGCUCUCAGAUGAUGAUUCGGAACUGGACGAUUCGGAACUUGACGUGGAUGAACUGCUAGAACUAGAAGACUCUUCUUUGACCUCAACAAAUUGUGGCACAACAGCAGGUUUUGGUCGAGAUUUCAAAUGUUCUCGCAACUCGUCUCUAAAAUUGGAUUAGCAAAUCAAUUUAGCAGCGUGAGAAGUUCUUACGAAUAAUUAAA